AACUCACUGUUUUUUGUUUGCUUUCUGAUCUGAUUUUCUGAACACAGAACCACCCAAGCAAAAAACAAGCGGAAGAAUCCCCAAAACAAACACAAACAAAAACAAUGGUCUUUCGAAAGUGCGGCCCGAAUGAGAUUAUGGUUGUCUCGGGCAUGGGCUACGCGCAGCCGCGAGUGCUGAACGGCGGGAGCGUCUGGGUCUGGUCGGGCGUCCAGCAGCUCAACCGCCUGUCGCUCAACGUGUUCACGGUCGUCGUCCAGUCGCACAAGGUCUACACGCACGACGGUGUCGCCGUCAACGUGACGGGUGUCGCCCAGGUCAAGGUCGAGUCGCACGUUGACUCGAUGCUCCGCAGCGCCAUCCAGCAGUUCCUGGGCAAGUCGCAGUCGCAGAUUGCAGCUGUUGCGCACGCCACGCUCGAGGGCCACCAGCGCGCCAUCAUGGGCACCAUGACGGUCGAGGAGAUUUACCAAAACCGCCUCAAGUUCUCGACGGCCGUCUUCCAGGUCGCCUCCACGGAUCUCUCCAACAUGGGCAUCAGCAUUGUCUCGUUCACCAUCAAGGACGUCUCCGACGAGGAGGGCUACCUGGCCGCGCUCGGCAUGAAGCGCACCGCCGAGGUCAAGCGCGAUGCCGCGAUCGGCGAGGCCGAAGCCAAGGCUGCCUCGGGCAUCGAGGCCGCCAAGGCCAGCGAGGAGCUGUUCAAGGUCAAGUACACGAACGACGCCCACGUUGCCUCGGCCCAGCGCACAUUCAACGUGCACCAGGCCGAGUUUGACGCCGAAGUGCAGACGUCGCGCGCCCAGGCAGACCUGGCCUACGACCUCUCUGCCGCAAAGCUCACCCAGGGCAUUCGCGAGCAAGAGAUUCAAAUCCAGGUUGUCGAGCGACAGAAGCAGAUUGAGGUGCAGCAACAGGAGAUUGCACGAAAGGAGAAGGAGCUCACCGCCCAAAUCGCCAAGCCUGCCGAGGCCGAGCGAUACCAGAUCGAGACUGUGGCUGCUGCCAAGCGUCUCCAGCUCAUCUACGAGGCUGAGGCCCGGGCAGAGGCUGUCCGUCUGCGCGGCGAGGCCGAGGCGUUUGCCAUUCGCGAGAAGGCCAAGGCCGAGAAGGAAAAGAUGCUGAGCAAGGCCGAGGCCUACCAAGAGUACCAAGACGCUGCUCUCGUCGGCAUGGUCUUGGAGGUUCUCCCCCGCGUGGCUGCCGAGGUUGCCCACCCUCUCACCAGCGUCAAGAAGAUCACUAUGGUCUCCAGCGGCAACGGCGAGGUCGGUGCCUCCAAGCUCACCAACGAGCUGCUCGAUAUUGUCACUCAGCUGCCCCCAGCCAUCGAGAAGCUUACUGGCGUCAACAUUAGCAACAGUCUCCGUCGCACUGUCCAGCGUGUUUAAGAAAAGAAAUCCGAGCUGAAUGGAAUGGGUGGGGGUUUCCUCCGUCUUUGCUUUGGGCUGUAUGUUUAUCCCGAUUCGCUGUUAGGCUUGUUCGCGUUUGUGUCUUGUUCUUUGUUUGGCUGUGAUUCGUUGUUACGAAAAAAAAAAAAUAAAAAGUGGAUGCGAGCACUUUUGGAUGUA